AUGAUCACACGACACCGAUCCUUCCCCACUCAACGAUUCUGUCCGUCUACCUCAUCUUUGCCGCUUUCCUCCAUUCACUUUGACAAGCGAGAGAAUAUCCUUACCGAAGACCUGCACCGCCCAAAUCUUGGAAUACUCUUCGAAAAGUAUGGCUUCUCUGCUCUCGGGAAAAUGCUUCGCGAUCUCCCCUUCCUGUCCCGCAGCGGAGACGGUUAUCAUGGGAAUGAGGAGGUCUUUAUGAAUGGCGUUCAGGGCUUGACACGGAAUCUUGAUAAUGAUGGCAACCGCACUGGCAAUGAGGUGGGCUACGGCAUGAACAUUGGGCCAGCCGGGGAGAAUAUGCCCUAUGAGGAUCCCUGGGACGAUGUCUUUGGCUCUGCGCCUGCAUCCCCUAUUUUCCACGCUGAGGACCGAGACCAUGCAAAUGAUUUUGGAUAUGGACAUGACCAUGAUCACUACCAUGAGCCCAACGAUCCCGCACCACCGCGAUCAAACCCAGCACACCCCUCCGACCUCCCCCGCCUCCGCCGCACGCACGUGACAAAUGGCUACCGUGAAGGUAUCGCUGUGGGCAAGGAGCGAGAGAUGCAAGAAGGUUUCGACGAAGGGUACUGGCUCGGUGCGGAAAUGGGCCAGAAAGUCGGGUUUAUUCUGGGGGUGUUGGAAGGGUGUCUGGCAGCGUUGGAGUCGGGCUCGGGUUCGAGGCCGCGGCGGCGUGAUGCUACGUCUACUGCUCCUGGUGUUCACGAUGGGGCUCGUGACGCGAGGAGGGAGGAUAGAAGCGGAGGAGGCGAUGGUGAGGGCGCGGAGCAGCAGCAGAAUCGGAGGAGGGAGCUGAGACGCCAAGUCAGGGCUUUACUAAACACAGCCAAGCAGGACCUCGAUCUCAAAGCGCUCUGCGCACCGCCGUGGUUUGGUGAACAUGAGGUAUGGAGUUACGACGUCCCUGCCACUCCCACCUCUACCUCCGCCUCCACCUCCUCAUCCCUCGCGACCGCUAGGCACGAAGCGGGCCACGAAGCGCAGAGUGACGUUGUCAACAAGAAGGAAGAAAGACAAGAUGUCACGUUCGAGCAAGUAGCUGCCGCGCACCCUGUACUCGUGAAAUGGAAGGGUGAAGUUGAGGGAUUAGCUGGGAGGCUUGGGCUGGAGAUCGGUGGGGCAGCGAAGGCUGGGACGGUGUGA